ACUCCUUGCUACUCAUACUAGCAGGAAAUGGGUGUGAACAUCUGCUUGAAGUCAUAAGGCAUCGUGUUCUAUAGUGAAAAGCAUUAGUUUAAAAGUGGAAGUGAGGUAGCCUUGAAUGCCAGAAGACAGGACUGCCAAUGACUGAUGGAAGAUCUAUACGUUGUUUCACACUUCCCUUUGCCAAUGUGAAGUAUUGGAGGAGUAUCGUUUGAAACUUUCUGGGACAAAGAGGAUUGUUUUAUUACCUCUCAUUCUGUGAUUUUAAUAGUAAGUGAAGAAGAGCCUCAAAGUAUUUUGAGUCAAGACGAGGAUUUCUCCUCCAAUCCAGGGCCUGUCAUGGAUGAAGAGACUCAGCACAGCCUUGAAUGCAUCCAGGCUAAUCAGAUUUUUCCCAGGAAGCAGCUAAUCCGAGAGGAUGAGAACCUUCAGGUCCCAUUCAUUGAACUCCAUGGUGAGAGUACGGAGUAUGUAGGACGAGCAGAGGAUGCCAUCAUUGCGCUUUCUAAUUACAGGCUUCACAUCAAGUUCAAGGAGUCUGUUGUGAAUGUUCCAUUGCAGCUUAUAGAAAGUGUUGAGUGCCGUGAUAUAUUUCAACUUCAUUUGACUUGCAAAGACUGCAAGGUUAUAAGGUGUCAGUUUUCUACUUUUGAGCAGUGUCAAGAUUGGCUUAAGCGACUGAACAAUGCCAUCCGCCCUCCUUCAAAGAUAGAAGACCUUUUCUCAUUUGCCUAUCAUGCUUGGUGUAUGGAGGUCUAUGCUAGUGAAAAGGAACAGCACGGGGAUUUGUGUCGGCCAGGAGAACAUGUAACUUCAAGAUUUAAAAAUGAAGUGGAACGGAUGGGUUUUGAUAUGAACAAUGCCUGGAGGAUUUCCAACAUCAAUGAGAAGUACAAGCUCUGUGGUAGUUACCCCCAGGAAAUCAUAGUUCCUGCCUGGAUCACGGAUAAAGAGCUAGAGAGUGUGGCAAGUUUUCGGUCCUGGAAGCGCAUCCCUGCUGUUGUGUACAGGCACCAGAGCAAUGGAGCAGUUAUUUCCCGCUGUGGACAGCCUGAGGUCAGUUGGUGGGGCUGGAGGAAUGCAGAUGAUGAACACCUUGUCCAGUCUGUUGCCAAAGCCUGUGCCUCAGAUUCGAGGUCCAACAGUAACAAAUUAAUGAAUGGAAAUUGUUCCAGAGAUUUCUCCAACGGAGGAGACCUCUCUGACGUGGAAUUUGAUUCCUCAAUCUCUAAUGCUUCAGGAGCAGAGAGUUUGGCAAUACAGCCUCAGAAGCUUUUGAUCUUAGAUGCACGAUCUUAUGCAGCAGCUGUGGCAAAUAGAGCCAAAGGUGGAGGCUGUGAGUGCCCAGAAUAUUAUCCAAACUGUGAAGUAGUGUUCAUGGGGAUGGCAAACAUUCAUUCUAUCCGAAAGAGCUUUCAGUCACUGCGUUUGCUCUGCACACAAAUGCCAGAUCCAGGAAAUUGGUUAUCAGCUCUGGAAAGUACCAAAUGGCUGCAGCACUUAUCUGUGCUUCUGAAGUCUGCGCUACUCGUGGUUCACGCUGUGGACCGAGACCAGCGACCAGUCUUGGUUCACUGCUCCGACGGCUGGGACCGAACUCCCCAGAUAGUGGCCCUGGCCAAACUGCUGCUAGAUCCAUAUUACAGGACCACAGAGGGUUUCCAGGUGCUAGUGGAGACAGAGUGGCUGGAUUUUGGCCACAAGUUUGCAGAUCGCUGUGGCCAUGGUGAGAAUUCGGAUGACCUAAAUGAGCGCUGCCCAGUGUUUUUACAGUGGCUGGACUGCGUCCAUCAGCUCCAGAGGCAGUUUCCUUGCUCUUUCGAGUUUAACGAAGCAUUCCUUGUCAAAUUGGUGCAGCACACCUACUCUUGCCUCUUUGGUACAUUCCUGUGCAACAAUGCGAAAGAGAGAGGAGAAAAACACACUCAGGAACGGACCUGUUCUGUCUGGUCUUUGCUGCGGGCAGCAAACAAAGCCUUCAAAAACCUGCUCUACUCCUCCCAGUCUGAAUCUGUGCUGUAUCCAGUGUGCCAUGUGCGUAAUUUAAUGCUCUGGAGUGCUGUUUACCUGCCAUGCUCUUCCCCCUCUACACCUGCUGAUGACACCUGUGCCCCAUACCCUGUUCCAGGCUCUAGCCCUGAAGAUCAGCCUCUGGGCAGAUUACCAAAGACAAGAUCAUUUGACAAUCUGACAACAGCCUGUGACAGCAGCGUGCCUACAACCAAUCGACGUAGCAGUGACCCCAGCCUCAAUGAGAAGUGGCAAGAGCACCGUCGGUCUCUGGAGCUGAGCAGCCUCGGUAACCCGGGGGACGAUUCCUUUGAUGGAGACAGCCUGGGUAAACAAGGCAGGGCUCCAGUCGGAGCAGAACUCUCUGUUGCAGCUGGUGUGGCAGAGGGACAGAUGGAGAACAUUUUGCAAGAGGCCACUAAAGAUGAUGUUGGUCUGGAGGAGCACUUAAGGGGUAGCCUAGAGACAGCAGGCAAAGGGGAUGAGGUUGCCCUGGGUAAGAAGAGAACUGAAAACCUACAUGAGUAUGUCAGUGACCUCUGUGAGAAAGCUGAGGCGGAUAAAGGUAUUGCGAUGAACAAUCCAGCAUCCAAUCCACAUCCAGUUUCACAAGGUGUUUCUGAGCUUAAAGGACUCCAGGAUGAGCAUACUGAUCUCAGUAACACCAUCCAGAAGUUACCUCAGGCGAAAGGACUACAGACUGCUCCUUUGGAGGGCUUUGUAAAUAGGGAUGUGCAGAAGAAUACGGAGGAAGAAGGUGUUAGCAAAUUUGAAGGAGAAGCAGAGAGCCUGUACAAUACAGCGCAGGCUGGUCUGCCCUUACCUCUUACAAUCCCACACGAGGCAAGAACAUCCAACAUUGAAAGUUCUACAGAAACCUUAACAGAGAAUGAAGCAAAGCAAGAGCUCAUUCCGAAGGGUCCCUGCCAUAGACCUCACCUGAUCAGCAGCAGUGCUGAUGAACUUUCUCGAACUAUUGAAAAUAGGCUAGAGGGGGAGAGCAUGCUAGAACUUCAAAAACUGGGAACAAAACUACACAGGACUUCUGGUAGCAGCAACACACACAUCCCAAUGCCUUCCCCUUGUGCCUUGCCUUUAGCUGAAUGUAAAGAUGAGAUUGUGUGUAAUGGAGAGCUGGAGCCUGAGAACAAGAUGACAGAGAAGCCUGCGGGGUUUAGUAUCCCCCCGAAAUACCAUGCGACAAACGGACACUGUGUGAAUGGAGAGGACGGUCGGACCAAAGCCUCUCUGAGUCGGCAGGUCUCCACGGCUAGCUGUAGUUCUGCACAGUUUCACUUGAGGAACUUGCACCAAAAAUGGAUGUUUAGUCAUCUUGGUAAGCAGCAGGCAGCCAGCAGCCCAGACCAACCUGCCAGAAGUCACCUGGACGAUGAUGGGAUGCCUGUCUACACUGAUGUUAUCCAGCAGCGCCUGCGCCAGAUAGAAACUGGCCAUCAGCAGGAAGUGGAGACCUUGAAGAAGCAAGUGCAAGAGUUGAAGAGCCGGUUGGAGAGCCAGUUCCUGAAUAGCUCCUUACGCCUCAAUGGCGAUUAUGGAGAUGAAGUGACUUCUAUACCCGACUCGGAAAGCAAUCUGGAUCAGAACUGCUUGUCUCGCUGCAGCACAGAGAUUUUCUCUGAAGCCAGCUGGGAACAGGUGGAUAAACAGGACACAGAGGUGACACGAUGGCUUCCAGACCACCUGGCUGCGCACUGCUAUGGCUGUGACAGUGUGUUCUGGCUUGCCAGCAGGAAGCACCACUGCAGGAAUUGUGGAAAUGUGUUCUGCUCCAGCUGCUGCAACCAGAAGGUGCCCGUUCCCAGUCAGCAGCUCUUUGAACCCAGCAGAGUCUGCAAAUCGUGCUACAGCAGCUUGCACCCCAGCAGUUCCAGCCUUGAUCUCGAACUGGAUAAACCCAUCACUGCCACAUCAAAUUAAAAGUUCCAGCCUCGAAGCAGCGGGGGAGCCGCCGUGCAGGCGGGUUCUCGAUGGGCUGAGGCUGGGAGGAUGCGGGAGCCGUGCACUUUGGAGGUUGGGGCGUGGAACACUGCUCGGCAGGACAGGCCUCAAGGACGUACCGCUGGAUUGUGGGAUUCUCCUUUUCCAGCUGUUCCCCUUUCCUUUCUGUCCUAUCUGUGUGUAUGUGUCUACGCGUGUGCGUGUGUGUGUGUAUAUAUAAUAAUAUAUAUAUGUUUGUUUGCUGGAAGAUUGUGGAAGUGGGAAGGGAGCUGGCGCCAGAACCAGGUUUCCCUUUUGUAUUUAACUGUCCCACUGCUGAACUGUUGCAGACAGACGACUUUGUGGAGGAAAGAAGAGGGGAAUCAGUCCAGCCAGUGUGCAAAGCGUGAAUACCUGUAGCGUCAGUGCUAGUUCUUUCAGUCACUCCUGUUACUUCCAAACAAGAAACUGCUGUUUGGGAACCUGUUGCUGCUAGAAGAAAUGGGAAUCUCUUUCCCAAGAGAGCACUCUCCCUCUCUGUUCUUAGAGUGGGCUUAGUUAUCCUCGCUGCAUGAAGGGGGAACCGGUGGCGGAUUUCCACGCUCGGCGGCUCCGGGCCUGCUUGCUGGUUGCCACCAGCCCUGGCGCUGGGCCCCGAGUGGCCACGUCUGGGCAGCGCUGGCUAAGGCAGGGGCACGCUCGUGGGCCGGAGGCCGGAGGGCCACUGAACAGGCUGCCGGGCUGGGAUGGGUUUUACACUGGCGCCUCCCGGAAGUUCUCUAAAUGCAAUUCAUUAUUUAAAACCCAGUGGGAAAGUAGAAGACCUUCAACUUCUAUCCUUGCCCCGUCUGUAGGAUGGUUUACUCAAUGCGAAGCUACUUUUGGAGCAGUGCACUUGUCAUGGUUCCUUCAAACAGGCCGCCGUGCUGUAGUUCAGACUCGCACUUUAAUGAGACUAUUCAGACCAACAAAAGAGCAGCCGUGACACCGCUGGUGUUUUCGCUGCACUCGGCCCAUGAGGAGUGCACUGGUGCCUGUAAGACUCCUGGGAUGUCUCCUCCUUUUUCAGUCUGUAUUCAGUAUACUCCAGAUAGGAAAAACCUGCCUGAGGAUUUUAAAAAGACCUGAAAUACAUCAUGGAUUCCUCUUCUUCCUUCUGUCCCAAUCUGAGUCGCUUUUAGAGUCACCUCAUUAAAGUGUGAAGCUAUUGAAUAUAUGUUUUUAAAUGAGCGUUAGGUACCCAUCCCCUUUUCCUUUCGAUAGAGCCUGCUUAGUGCAGUUUGGCAAGGAAGAAAUGUAGAUCCUGCUUCGCAGUGUGUUGCCUAGAGAAAGUUCCAACUUCUCUUGUGAUAUUCUCAAGAAUCCUGCUGGAGUAUUUGAGAGUUCUAGCUACAAAGGCUCAAAAUCUAAAGAGACCUUGGGAAAGGAGCGCUUCCCUUCCCUGGAAUGUCAGAAUCACAUAAUCCAAAGCGAGUAUCACACAGAGAAAACCAUCUCGGAAUAUUUGUUAGGUCUGAUGGGGAAAUGUCAAGAUAUGUUAUUUUUGACUUUGAACUUCCCACACCCUUUGCAAGAAUCGUUACACUGCUGCAGCGUAAGCUGAAGAUUCGCAAGACAAAAAAGAAUGUCGAGGAGGUUGGUUUGGCAGAGCAGCCUGUGCCCUAACGGCGGGGGGCUCUGGAACGAAGCAUCUUGGGAUCUCCCCGGUACAGGUUGGGAAACGUUUUUCAAACCAUCAGGAGGGAAAAGCAAAGAUAAAGACGGGUUCUCCAGUCGAGUUGUAAUCUAGAAGUAUUUGUUGGUGAACCAGUGCAGUGAGUAUCUGGAGUAGAACCGUAGGCGUUGCUGUUCCGCGUGAGGUGGAGACGCCUGGAGCAGGAACAGGGUAACACACAGCUCCCAUCUCCGACUCCCCGCGGAGGGGGCGAGUAGGGGUGUGACUUUAGGGGACAUGGUGUAGUUCUGCACACUAACAUUGUGUGGGUUUGUGGUGCAAAUAGACAGUCAAAAAUAAGUCUAAGAUUCUGCAGUUCCUAAUGACAGGUGCCAAGAGGUUAUGAUACGGGUUUUUGGGGUCUGUGAUGUACAGUGUGAAUAAAUGCUUGCAGCUCUUAGUCUUUUUUUGAUCGAUGAAGCACUUUUUUUAUUAAUAUUAUUUUUCUUUGUAUGUAAAGGAGGAAGCAGUAUCUCUCCAUAGCUGUAUAUAUAACCGUUCUCUCCUAAAGAGAGUAAAGUGCUCCUAUAUUUUUCAUUUUUGUCAAAGCAAGAAGUAAAUACUUUAGAAUUGUUAAAUAUAUAAAUAAAAGUGAAUAAAGUUUAGACUUUUGCAUGGGAGCAUUUGCUAACACACUUUCUAAUUUUUUAUUUUUCUUCCCUGUCCUUCGUAGGGGAUAUAUUUGAGGUUCAGCAGAAACACCAAGGCCUUUGAAAAGGAGGCUGCAGCAGGCCUCCUCUUGCUUUCCUUUCCACUGUGUGUCUUUGCAAGGGACAACAAACUGUUGCUCCUAAACUUAGAAGAAAAAAUAUUAAGCUUGGUUUUCCUGGUGCAAGAGUCCCAGGGAGGGGGAAAAGACACAAACCACGUGCACCACCAGGUCCUGUCAGUACAAUCAGCACGGGUUUCUGCGGCUGGAGAGCUGCCUGAGAGUCUCAUCUUCCUCGGUACCUCGUUCUUCUUUUUCCCCUUAACUGACCAUCAUAUUUCAAAGCAUUGAGCCGAUGAUGUUAGCCCAAAUGCAGGGACUUUGCCCUGUUUUCAGUGAUGUUUGGAAAACGGAGCUCUACGUCUCCCUUCCCCUGCAGCGAGCAAGCGCCGGCACUCGCAGCAGCGGCAGCGCAGGGUGGGGGAAUCAGAGCUCGGUUCUCAUUUGCACACUUUCUGCCUUAUUCUUAGUGCUGGAUGGUGGAGUCGUGGCUCUUUGGGAACAAACCAAACUCACUCAGGUUUAAUGUCUUUCAGUCUUUUCCCAGAAGGUGGAAAACUCAACUGCUGUUUGUCCUGCAAAAGUCUCCUGCACAACGGUCCAAUUAUUCUCAUUUUCCUAGGACUACUUGCUCGUUUCAGCCGCCUGGCUGCCUGCGCUCCCACCACAUAAGCUCAUAUGCCAUCAGUUACUUCUUUUCUUACAUAUUUGAAGUCAAGAGAGAGGAUUUGCCCUGAAUUCUCAGGGGGACUCAAGAGCUCCUUGAGCAACUGCGAGUUAUUUUGGGACAGACCUGUUCUAAUCACAAGAUGUUGUGCACAAUUGCUUUAUAAUCUCAUGGUAUUUAUUUAAUCAAAAUUGCAGAUUCUGGGCAGAGCCGUGAUCACAGCUGGUGGUAGUAUUUACAGCUUCAAGAAUAAAAAAGCAAAGCAUAUAUAAUGUUUUGCACUAUUAAGAACAUGCCAAGGAACAGCAGGUUUUCAAUUAUACACCAGAAUUUGAUUUUAUAUAGCUCCUUUCAUACUUGAGUUACUUCUAAGUGCUUUUUCAGUAAGUCAUUACUCUGUAGCGCGGUGGCUGCAGAUGUUACGUGCACACCAGUACUCCCAGCCCCGGACAUCGCCCUGCUUGGAUGUUCUCUGCUUCAGAAACGCUGAGCAAAACCCCACGGGUCUCCUCUGCCACUGUUGGAGGGAGUUAGAGAACUUUUUAAUUUCCACAUAGUGUGAAGCCGUUAUUGUGCAGAAGGGCUUCCCAUCGGGGGCAGCAGCGGCCUGGCAGCUCUGCGCAGCCGCCGUCGUGCAGGGGCUCGUCCGGUGAUCAGUUCUUCCUAGCGAACGUCCUUUCCUCUUUCUGUUGUUACAGCUCUCAAACAGCACAAGAGCUUCCAAGGAGGCAGCGUUACUGUCGCAAUAGGCACCUUUGGUGCUGUCUUACGCGCUGUAGAACAGUCUCCUUAGGCAAAGGUGGCGUGUGCAGCUUGUCGGGAGUCUCACAAAUAGUGUCAGUGGCUGCGGAAUGAGACAGUCUCUGAGCAGCGAUGGCCCCUCUGGUCCCCAGGUAGGGCAGCAGCGAGCCCAGCCACUCCUGCCCCGUGGCACAAGCUUUGCAGGGCUGGCAUAGGAGUCGUUCAGCAGCAGCCACCUUGCAGCGGGCAGCAGUUAGGUGAUCACAGCUGAAUUCUCCUGGUGAGUGGCAGCAGGUAGGGAGGGAAACCAAAGGCUCUGGUGGUGAAGGGAAAGAAGGUGCCGGGAGGCACUCGGCUACCCAGGAGAGGGAUGGCACCCACGCUGGGAGAGGCGUUGAGCUUUCAGGGCAAUACAUGCAGGAAUGCUGAGCAGAUUCAGAGCUCAUUUGUCAGGUGGUGCAGGUGUUCAUGGUUAGUCUGUAAUUGUCUCCCUAAUAGAUCCUGAAUUACUCAGAAUGAGGUUUUGAGAAAACUGUGUCCAGAGUCAGUUAGAAGACAGGAUUUCACUGGGCUGUGCUGACCUUUGCUCAGGUGCAGGAUCCAGAUCAGGUUUUACAUCAUCCUUAGAGCUGCCCUCAGCUAGAUUCCAUCGCUGGCAUCGCUCAGAACCAGCUCGUGAGCUCCAUGGAAAUGCCUUUCUUGGUUAAAGAGCAAAAGUAGUGAUUCAGGCUCUUUUUGGAGUCGCAAGGAAGGGAGUGACGCAGCCUCUGCUCGCAGUGCGCUCUGCACUGCCUUUGCCCCUGUUUUUUUUUUUUCUGAGGGGCAGUGCAGCACUCUCGCAGGAGGAGGCUGCCCAGAGCAGGCCUGGGCAGCUGAAGAUUUUUUUGAAACAAUUCAGCUCAUUUUUUUGUUAAAGAGGGAAUCCACCAGCACUAGAACAAGGAUGCAGAAAGAGAGACGUAACCUUUUAAUACAGCCAUGUCUGUACAAACGUUUGUCUGUCUCGCUGUCCCUACGCCAUGCAGGCAUGCCAUCUCCCAGGCAGAGGAAUAAGGAAUUCCCAUCCCUUCGUUUUACACAACACAGGCAUCGGAGCUCGGAUUGUUGCAUUUCGGGAUUUAAGAUUACCAUAUUCUUCAGACUUUCAAAUUUUUUAAAUGCUGCUAAAGUUUUAUCUUACUAUUUAACAAAUAUGUUUUUUAAAACGAUUUCCCACAGUUAUGUUAUUAAAUAAUUUUUACCUUGCAGUGGCAACAGGUGAUGCAUUUGAUUGUACAUUUUUUUUGGUGGAAUUUGUAUUAAAAUGACAUCUGACGUCUUGAUUAAUUACUUCAAGAACAUUAAAUGUUUUAAAACAUGCAAACCUAUGAGAGCAGAGAGCUGUUUAGCAGCAGUAUAAAGUGUUAGACCCUAGUGCUUAUUUGUUUGUAACAGCAUUUAUUCUGCUGUAGCCUCAGAGUGAAUAUCUAGAUCUUAAUAAAUUUGUCAUUUUCCUACACAG